GUGUUUGAAAUUUUGUGAAGUGAUGUCAUACAGGCUUCAGGGUGACUGAUGAUUGAUAAGUGAAUGGCAAGAAGUAAAUUUCAAGCUGUCGAAGUUGAUUUUUUGAUUUUUAGUAGAGUUUAGAAAAUGGAGAAAUAAGUUCAUCAGGAUUUUGAUUUUCUACAAGAAGAGUAAGUCUAGCGAUAAAAAUCUGAAAAUCAAUCUGUACGCUAAAGUCGACCUCCCCCCCCUCCCAUCAAUUUUCAGCUGAUCUUUGGCGUUCAGCAGAACUUGAUUUUCUUCUAACAAUUUCAAAUCGCUUUAGAAUCGAUCUUUGUGGUAAAUUCGACCCCCCCCCACUCCCCUUACCAAUUUUCUUCUUGAAUAUUCUGGAAAUAUUAUUUUGAAACUCAAGAUCUAAAUAAAAAUAGUAGGUAAUCAAAAAUUUCAAAAUUCAACAAAAUUUUCAAGGUUUUAAAUUUUAGAAAAAAUUUCAAAAAUGUUGAAAAUUUUUUAAUAUUUAUUUUUCUUGUUUGAAGGUGAAAAUAAGAUAGUUGCAGUUCAGUUUGAAAAAAAAGCUCGAAAAAUAAGUUUGGCUUGCUUGGGGAAGGGGGGGGGGUGUUUGUAAUUGCAAGUUGCUGAUCUUUGGCGUUCAGCAGAACUUGAUUUUCUUCUAGCAAUUUCUUUAUUUUUCUUUUUUUUUGGGGUGUUUUCAAAUCGCUUUAGAAUCGAUCUUUGUGGUAAAUUCGACCCCCACCCCACUCCCCUUACCAAUUUUCUUGUUGUAUAUUCUGGAAAUAUUAUUUUGAAACUCAAGAUAGGUGUAAAUAAAAAUAAUAAGUAAUUAAAAUUUUCAAAGUUUUUGAAUUUUGAAAAUUUCUUAAUAUUUAUUUUUUUUGUUUGAAGGUGAAAAUAAAAUAGUUUACAGUUCAGUUUUUUAAAAAAGGCUCGAAAAAUUAGUUUGGCUGAUAUUUGGGAAGGGAGAGGGGGUGUUGGUAAUUGCAAGUUUAUCUUCAAGUGAAAAUGACUCGAGGUAGAAUUAUUCAAAAGUGACCUUGUGACCUAUCAAAAUAGGUUAAAAUUUUGCAAGAAAUUCAAAUAUUCAGACGAAAAUGUUUGUUGAGCAUUUUUGAAGAAUUUUAAGACUAAAACUGGGUCAUGAUUUCAGAGACGUGCAAGUAUUUUAUCGGAAAUAUUUUUUGAGCUUUUUUGAGAAAUUUUGAACCCAAAAUUGAUUUCAAAUAUGUAUUAUGUUAACAUUUCACGAGUUUUCUUGAGCAAUUUUGAAGUAUUUUGAGACUAAAAUUGGCCUAUGAUUUUCAAGGUUUUUGAAAAAACUGUCAGUAUAACCAAUCAAAACAAGUAAACAUUUCGGCAAAAAAUCAUUUUAUGAGCACUUGGAAAUUGUUGGGUAUGUUAUGAUAAUUUCAAAAAACAAACUCAAUUUCAAGCUGUCAUUUUGUAACUCGAAAAAUUUUAAUCCCUUUUGAAAUAUGCAAUGAGACUUUAUCUAAAAUCAAGGAAACUGCCCCAGUUUGGGGUCAAAAUCCUUCGAAAUUGUUUUAAAAACAUUUUCGUGGAAAUAUUCUAAUUUCUGGCCAAAUUUAUAGGCAUUGAUUUAAGUCGCAAAUUAUGUAGGUAUCCAGAAUGAAAAUUUCUUGUUCGAGGGGAAAUUUUGAAAUUGCAGAAUUCCACGUUCGGUUUAAUAUCGUAUUAAAUUUGAAUCUAUAUUGUAAUAAAAUAGAAAUGAAAAUUCCGAGUUUUAUUCAACUAGAAAAUUUUUUCAAUUUUACCGCGUUUAGAUGAUGCGUUCACACAUUUCGUCAUGUUCGUUUUGGCCACACUGAUAAAAUGAUGUGUUUCCUUAGAAUACUGGGAUUUGUCUGUAGCUCUGUUCUAUUCGCUGCUCCGAGCAACUCCGAGUUGCUUCGAGCAGCAAUACAGUGUUCUAUUGGCACAUUUUUACUCGGAGUAAUUUGUCAAACCGUUCUUUUCGCUAGGAGUAGAGUCAAAAGAGCUGCUCUAGAGCAGGUUUUUCUACACCUGCUGAAAAGGAAGUGCAGAAGGAGUAGAGUAAAAAGAGCAGAUUUUUUAAGGCGACAAUUUUUUUUUUACAAUCAGUAUUCCAACAUUCCGUUUUACGAGUGUUUAUUUUCUUUUUUUUGUUGAAAUUUAAUUGUUUUACAAGGUGUUCUUCGAUUUGUGUUCUUUUCGAAGACUCAUUUCCCUUACUCUCUCUACUCUUUUAUCGGUUCCGGAGAAAAUCACGAGAGUACACAGAGCUACUCGGAGUAGCGAAUAGAACAGAGCUAGAGUCUCGUGUCUCGUCUCCGGUCUCUCGUCAAUCAGAUUACUGAGCAUUUAUUGUGGAACAUGGUGUAUUACUAGACUAUUGACAAUUGACAUCCGGUUGUAUUUCGUGUAACUUGAAAUCUCUUGAUAAUUAGUAACACGUCGUGUGUUUAUGGAAUCAAAGUACGUGUACUUUCUGUAAUAUUCGAGUACCCUGCCUGUUUGCGUUUUUACAUAUCGUCAGUUUCAUUUUUCAUUUGAUCGUUUAUUGUCGUCGAAGUGUUAAUUCGAUUACUGAUACAAUUUGGUAUCCUGUAACAUUUCCCACUCGAGGACUCUAUACCGAAGCAUAAAAUACUGAAAAAUGGAUACAGACGAUGGCCUCGGGUUUCUUAGAGACAGACCAUUCAGUUGUUUGGAACCGCGAUUAUCGUUACAAAAUCUAGCUGCGACUCAAUUUGCGUUUUCAUUAUCGAUUAAAAAGUUCCACGAUCAGACACGUUAUCUUAAUUACAUUUUGCCAAAAGCCGGAAGGUUGCAUAAAUACCCAGUGUUCAGUUGUCGAGAAACGCUAGCUGUACCCUCCAGCAUCGCAGACAUUAUCGACGAACGUAUCAAGAUAAUUGUCGAAGAGCUAGACAUGUGGGAGAAAACUUUUUGGAAUGCUGCGGCUCGCGAGAAAAACGUUGAUAUAUGCGUAGAAGAUUUAGAUAACGUUAUUUGCAAACCAGAUGGCACGAUUUGUUUCCAAAACUUUGUCAACAUUUUUCUGGUGAAAACAAAUCUAGAUCCGAUGAUCAAGUUCAGAAUGGCGUGUUUCUUCUGUUUGGAGGAUCACGUCAGAGGAAUCUGGCCCUCGAUAGCGGAAAGACAGUGCUGGUUCGAGCCUCUUUCUUUGGUACAAUAUUGGAAAAAUAUCUCGAAUAGUGUUCCCGUCGAUGAAACUUUCAUAGCGAACCAGCUUUCUGUCUCGAGGUAUGAUCGAAAUUGGGCAGCUUUCGAUUAUUUUUGGUCCAAAAUGACCGAAGAAAGUCAAACACGCGAGGCUAUUAAAAUUCUGCUAAAAGUAUGCGAUUACGAUUCUAUGAAACGUGUAUUGAUUAGGCUGAACCAAAGUCAGGUACAAGAAGUAUGUAGGCGAUUUGGAUUCAAUAUUUUUACUAGAUUUAUCGCCGAAGAAGAGCGUUACGAGGAUGCGAUAAAAGCGUGGACUUGUAUGAGACAUUUUUUACCUAGCGUGGAAUUUGUCGAAAUUGUGCGUAAAGUGUGGAAAAUGGUGUUCAAUCCUUCCGAAUUGGGGAUUCCAAGUAUUGGCAAACUGAACGCUUUACUUCUUGAAUUAUGGUCCAGCGCUCCUGGCUCGUUGAAAACGUCCAUUCCGAGACCAGCUUUAUUCGCUGAAUUAGAUGACCAGAUUAGAAGCUUCCAACAUUACGAUCUGGAAUUCAUGUUCGAAUUAUUAUCAGACAAUAGCUACUCGAUGAGGAAAGAGAUAUGGAUGGAUAAUUGGCGUAAAUUGGUGAUUCGUGCCAAACCUUGCGAUCUGGAACGACUGAUGAAAUUAUGUUUCGAAACCGACGAAGAAAUUAAUCUCGCUAAAGAAGAUAUCGCUGCGAGUUUAGACAAUAUGGGAGAUUAUUUCAGCGCUUUUAUAAAUAAAGGGAUGUAUUCCGAGCUGAAAGAGUUUUUAUUUUUUUUCGUCGAGAAUCGUCGUCGUCUGGAAAACCUGACUAAAGAGAUUAUUUUUUCGAAUAUAGAUCAUUUCGUUUCCUGCAGCGAGGAAGAAUUGACUAUGUGCCUUUCCUUCAUCGACGAUACUUUCCGUAACGAACAAAGUGCUGAAAAGUUUAUCAACGAAUUCACCUCGAGUCCGGAAUGCGUAGGUUGGAUUUAUAGCAAAUUAGACGAUUGUUGUUUCGCCGAAGUCGUCAACGUGUUUAUUAGAUUUCCAACUACGAUGAAAAAUCUGCAAGAAACAAAACUAGAGUAUUUGGAGUACUGUCAGCGUAACUUCGCCUCUGGUAAAAUAUCCGGAUUUCUAGAGCAAAGAUUCAUCGAGUUCGUAUAUUGGUGUCGCCUAGGAAAAGAGAAGAUAUCAGAGUUGAAGAAUUCGUUAAUUAUCGACGAAAUUUUCGAAAUAAUUUUACGUAAUUUUAGGCAAGAAGUGUUGGCGAAUCGAGAUCGCCCCAAUCAAGAGAUACUUUCUAGUUUCGACCAGUUUCUUGCUUGGUAUUUCGGUAACUGGCAAGCGGCGAAAAUUUAUAAAUCGAAUAAAACGUUCAAUUUCAACGAAUGGACGGUUAUUAAAGAUGCUUUGCAACAGGGUCCUUGGGAAUUUGUCGACGUGUUUUUAAAUUGGAGUUUCGGCGAAGAUGUGGAGAGUGCGAAGAGGGUUAGGUUAGCGGUGAUCGGAUAGGAUGUGGGGUUUGGGGCCGGGGUAGUUUCCGAAUUGAAAGAGUUGGGUAAAAUCGAAGUUUUGGAGUUGCACAUUUCAGAGAUUUAAAGACUGUUUUUUUUUUCUAAAUCGAGUACAAAUAUGAAUAAUGUAAUUUUAAAGGCUUUGAGUUGUUUGUUCAGAUAUUUAUUUUUAAUUUUAUUUUAUUAGCGUCGUUUUUAUACACAUUUUUUUAGCUCAUUUUACUGUCAAUUGCCUUAAUAUACGAUGUUCCUGUUCUAAAUCGAGUUUGAUUUCAAUUCAUUCGAAAUGUAGGCACGAUAUUUCCAAUUCUGCUCGAAGGUAAAAUAGUGUGGGUUCCUCGAAUAUCUGCAGCAAGUUGGUUUUUCAGGGCUGAGAAGUCCCUGAUGCGUCAUUACAUGUUUAAUCAGCCUCGUUUUGGGUCCGGGCCCUCUGAUUUUGCACAAAAUUUGUUUGUAUGUAGGUUUUAUAAGGGAAUGAGGAAAACUUCUGAUGUUUGUUCUCGAAUUCCCCUGGGUGAACAUCAAUUUGAGAGAAAAAAAAAACAAAAAAACAAAUUGGAGAUU